UGUGUGAAUUACAUUGAAUUGUGUGUUUUUUUUUGUAUUAUCAAACUCUUUAUCCCAGCCAAUAUCAAUGGCGGAUCGACAAAUGUGCUAGCAAAAUGGCUCAAGAAUUGUGGUCACUCAAAGAAGAUGGUUAUUUAAAUGUUGAUUUAACAACGAAAAAUAUUGUUUAUCAUCCUGCAUUAAAUAUCAUUCUUGUUAUUACACGGAAUGGCAGUGUACAUGUUUUGGAUGUGAAUUCUGGCUUUAUUUUGCAAACAAGUAAUCUUUCUGCUGGUUCGAAUGCAAAUAUAAAAUGUCGUUACCUAGAAGAUCAAAAUAAAAUCUUAUUCACCGAUGGACAUGGAAUUGGAAUGCGAUCAGAUUACAACGGCGUUUUAUUAUUGGACACAAUAUUACAGCGCCGUUUAAAAUGUAGCGAUGACGUUGUUAAGCUAGAAUUACUCUUGUCUGAGGCAUUAAUGUUUCAACAAAGUUUAAAGAGUAUAGACUUAACAUGCACUGAUUUACAUUCAGAAGUAUUAAAUGAAAUUACCGAGAAAAUUACACGGGCCCAAAGUCAACAACGGAACGGAAUUAAAGCACAAAAAUGGAACACCGUGUAUUUGGAAUUAAAACUAUCAACAUUACGUGCAGUAGCGCUACGUGUUGUGACCGAAUUAAAACGACAAAAUCGUCAUAUACCAGCAUUGGCUGUGGCUGCUGCGAUUAGUGAACGAUUAUCAGAAUUAGCGCCACGCAGUGAACGUAACAUUGGUUUAACAACAUCAUCAACACAAUGUGAUCGUUCAGCAAUGUACAGUGAAGCGAAACGACGUGAAACAUUUGCAAGAUGGCCACAUAUGGAUUACAAAUGGGCAUUACCAGAACAAAUGGCACAAGCUGGUUUCUACCAUCAACCAAAUAGUUCUGGUGAUGAUCGUGCAAUGUGUUUCACGUGUGCAGUGUGUUUAGUAUGUUGGGAACGAACAGAUGAACCAUGGAGUGAACAUGAAAGACAUUCACCAAGUUGUCCAUUCGUUAAAGGUGAAUACACACAAAACGUUCCAUUAUCUGUUACAUAUGCAACGGUACCCGCUGUAGAUGUUACGAAUCUAUUGACGACAUCGUCAAAUCAUCAAACAUCAUCAUCACCACCACCAUGUACAGAUGUUACAAUUAUAUCGCAAACAAAUGUACAAGAUAUGAUUGCGUUUGGGCAUAAAAAUGGAAUGGUAACGGUUUACAAUAUUAGUGGAAAAUUAAAGCGAACGCAUUGUUUUUAUGUCACACAAUAUGAUACAAUUACGGCUGUUACAUCAAGUAUUCAACCAUCGUCUGGAACCAAUCAACAAGUGGGAACAACGGGUGUAGCUGGGACAACAACCACCAUCGCUACAGAAAAUUCACAUAAUAUUUUAUUAAAACGAGAUAACAUAACGUUAACAUCUCUAUGUGUGGUCGGUGAUAAACUAACACGAAAUUCACGUGGAGGAAACACGAAAACAACAUCAUCACACGAUAAAAAUAUUAUCAAUAACUCCACAUCAAUACAAACAAAAAAUGUAUCGAAAUUACGUCCAUCAAUAAUAUGCGGUAUCACUGUAGUACAUUCAUCAUCUACGGCGGCUACUACAUCACCUAGUGAUCAAGAUACAACAAAACCGAACAAAUCUUUAUAUUUAGUUGUUUACGAUUUUCAAUAUAAAUCAGCAGCGAGUGCUUCAUCACCAGAACAAAUCAUUGCAACAGGUGGUGGUACAACUACAUCAUCACCAGCAGUAGCUGGUGAUUCAACUCCAUAUGAAUAUCUAAUUAAACAGUGUAAUGAUAUUCUAACGACGAAAAUAUGUGACAUCGAGGAUAAAACAAAAGAAACUACUGAACCUUUUGUUGUUUGUAAUGAUCUUUCACCGAAGAGCUAUCAGAAUUUGAUACCAACGUCAGAUGAUAAAAUAUUUUUACCACCUGACGAUAAAUUUACAAUGAGUGAUGUGAAAUCACUAUGUCCAGGUCCACCUGGAGAUUCACAUGGUAAUGGUCCAAGAAUAUGUAACGAUGACGAUUUAUUAGAUACCACUUACAUUGACUACACUUUUACAAACGGUGGAGGAGAUGAUCAAUUAUUAGAUGAUGACGAUGAAGAAGAUGAUGAUAGUCGAACCCCCGUUGAAGAUGAUUACGAUGAAGAAGCAACAACGACACAACCACAUCAAAAAUAUAUCUCCGAUCAUAUCACAGAGAUGAAAUUAAAAGGGGAACAAAAGUUAUUAACCUAUUCACAUGCUGUCCAAUGUAUACGAAUCGAUGUCGACGAUGAGAAUCUAGAAAUCGUCGAAAUUAUCCCUAUCAAAAGUACUGGGAGUCAUAUUUUAGUAAUCUUACGUAAUGUUAAUGAAAAACAAUUAAUUGAUGGUAAAUGUAUUUUAUUGAUAUAUUCAUUAAAUUUUACGGCAACUUCGUCAACACCACGUGGUGAUUUAGUUAAAAUUGAUGAAGUACCAAUCUUACGUAAAGAAUUAUUAAGUAUGGAGGAACCAGAGGAAUUAAUUAUUUUACCACAAUGUUUUGAUGGUCAUGAUACCAAUCAUUUUACAAUAUCACAAGCACCUGGUGCACCAUCUACAGGUGGUUCUAUGAAUGCGGCUCAAUCACAAAUAAAUGGUUUAGCUGCUAUGGUAUGUGUGGAUGGAUGUGUUCGAUUAUUGGACUUGUCUACGUUGAGUAUUGUUUCUGAGGCAAAAACUCCUGGAGCACGAUAUGUAUCGUUAACUUAUUGUAAUAGUUUGGAACGAUUAUGCGUAUCAACGGAAUCUGGUCCAUUACAUUUCUAUGCAAUUAUGGGUCAUGAUACGGAAUUUAUUGAAGAAAAGGACGAUGAUGAAUAUAUAACUAAUAACAAUUCUACGAUAACAUCCACAAAACCAUUAUCAUCGUCUGGUGAUGUCAAUGUUAACGAUAAUAGUAUUCAAGAUAAUAUUGAUGGAUUAAAUCGAGAUCAACAACAACAACAAAGAGCUAGUGUUAAUUGUACAUCAACUAUUGAUUCUCAACAACGAAAUUCAUCAUCUUCAGAAGUACCUGCAUCAAAUAAUAGUAAUGGUGGUCAGCAGCCACCACCAUAUCCAACAUAUCCACAGGAGAAAAUGGAUAGUGAGACAUUGUUAUUGAUUGCAUCCAAAACUGGUGAUGUUGCGAAAUUUAAUGAGAUGUUAAAUUGUCGUACAACAUUAACAGUUAAAGAAUUAAAAUUGUUACAUUAUUUUUGUGAAUUUGAUACAACUUGUGCUACAUAUUGUGCGGUAUUACCAACAUGUUGGAGUGAAAUGCAACAAUGUCAACGAAAAUCUACACAACAUAUGCAGAAUACAAAUGAUAUAAAUCAACAACAUACAAAUCGAAUAUGGCGUUUACAAACGGAUUCAACGACAUGGGAUGAACAUGUUAUAGAAUUAACAUUACCAUGGAGUGCAUGUAUUGGACAUGUAGAUUUACAAUUCUCAUUACAUCAGCCAUGUCCAUCAUUACCAAAUAUACAGGUGACGUUACUAAAACAACAUGCAUCUGGAAUUGGACACAAAAAAAUCAAAACAAAACGUAAAUUAUUCACAUUGUCACCGUUAACACCUGUCGACGAUAGUAUCGAAUUUUUCUACGAUCGUGACAGUGAAACAAAUCAAGAAGAAGGUGGUACAAACCCAAGUAAUACAAAAACAAAAACUACAAACUCACCACUAUCACGAGUAUCUAAUACAACAACGACGACAACGACAACAUCAUCAUCAUCUUCAACAACACCUGGUGGUGCUGGUCAAACAAUACAAAAUCCUGUAUUAACCGAUGAAUAUCUACAAACUCAUAAUGUUGAUAUCCUAGCGGGACCAGUUACAUUGUCGUCAUGUUUGGAUUUAACCGAACAUAAUGGUACAGUCACUUUAACUAGUCCGAAAUUAUUAAAAGCACGUGGGAGGACAUUGUUAAUACAUAUUAAAGCAUUGUUAGAUCCAUCAAAAGAUAUACAUUCAAAUAAUACGACGAAUAGUAGUGGGAAUGGAGAACGAAGUACAACGUUGAAUAGUACGACCAAAGAUAAAUUAAGUGAUAAGAUUAUUGGUUCUGUGUCUUCAUUAAGUGAUCGCUUGACAAAUUCAACGACACAUCGAAAAGUAAUGGAAUCGUAUAUUGGAUGCGAUUGGUUACAUGAAAUAUCAUUUUCAAUUCGUACAAUGAAACAAACUUCAUUACCAAAUGAAAGACAACAACGGAUUGUUUUAUUAGAAUCAAAUCAUUUAAUAACAUUAUUAUGUGAAGCUGCAUAUAAUAAACGUUUAAUACAAUCAUUAAGUUUGGAUAUAUUAAAAUGGAUUAGUACAUUACGUUUAGGAUAUUUUAAAUCAGAAUUAGGUGUAACAUUAUUACAUCAUAUUAAACAACAUUUACAUCAAUUAAUAUUAUCAUGUAUUAUUUAUGGAACGAGAACUAUUGCACAUAAAUUAACAACAUUACUUAUUAUUUGUAUUGACAAUGGUCGAGCAAUGUUAAAUCCAUUAAUAUCACAAGAGUUUGAUACCGCUGUAUUGUUAUCAUUGUUACGUGCAUCGAAUGCAUUAGGACAUAUACAAUCAUCAUCAGCGUUACGUUGGUACACGAUGUUGUUACAACAUGUAAUUACCGUUCAAACAAUUACAAUCAAGAGUACAUACACGUUAGCGUUGGAAUGUUUAUCAUUGGUUUGUAAGAUAGCUAAACAAUUACAAACACGCUCGAAUCCAUAUCAUCAGCUAUUACGAAGCAGAUUUGGUUUAUAUGGUAUGCCAUUCGAACCAGAACUUUUAGAUAUUGAACCACCGGUAUUUCAUAAAUCAAGUAGCUAUCCAGUAACAUUUGCUACAGUUGUCACUGGUGAUUUAUUUCCACAAGCAUCGUCAUCAUCCAACAAUAAUAAUAAUAAUGGUAGUGGAGGUAGUUGUUUAGUUGGUAAUGGAGCAACUGGUAUUAAUGGUGUACAUGCUGUUAAUUCUACAACCGAUCAAUUUGAUAUUAAAAAUUUAUUUUUUAUCUCUGGUUCCUCAAACAAUAACAAUCACACAACAACGCUACAAGAAAAUAAUAAAAAUUCAUCUGGUACAACAUCUCCAGGAACCAAUGGAAUUGCUUCAAAUAAUACUAAUAACGGUAUAACAAAAUGUCGUGGUUUAAUUACCAAUAAUUAUCUAAAAGGUUUACUUGAAACGGAACCAUUACAUUAUGUGUGUGCAUCCGCAUCAGAAGGGACACGUAUUGAGAAAUUAAUUGAAAAUAAUAAUUCCAAUCAAACUACAUUGAAUUCAACAACUUUGUUAAAUGGUAACACAACAGCUGCUGCAGCUGCAGCGGCCGCUGCUGCUAAUAUGUAUGUAUCGAAUAAAGUAACGAAUUCAACGUCGUCUGCGUCGGCUAGUGGUGUUGAUAGCAAUAAUACAUUCUCUAAAUAUAUCAAUGAUGAGUUUUUUAAUUCAUCAUUUCCAAAAUUAAAUGAUGAUUUAUCAAUUGGACCACAGAAAUUGUCAAAAUUUCUUUCUAAAUUAAAAAUCGAACAAGAAGAUGGACAAAUUGUUUAUAUCAAUGAUGUGAUUGAUAAGAAUCUAUUAAAUACAAAAACAUCUGUUGAUACAUCGGAUUCUCUUGGUCUAAAUAAAUUAUUAGCUCCAUUUGAAUCAAAAUACACAUCAUCCUCUGCGACAGAUGAUGAUACAAUCGAAUCAUCUUCAAUCGUUUUUAACAUGAAUUCAUUAAAUCCAUGGACAAAUCAACAACAAACCUCCACAAUAACCCAACCAUCAUCUACAACACAACAACCAUCAACCAAACCAAAACCACCACCACCACCGCCACCACCACUUAGUGAAAAGAAAUACAACAAUCAUACUCCCAUAGCUUGGCAACAGUUGUUAUUAACUCCAGCCCAACAUAUACUUGUAAUCGAACGAAUGCAUUCGGGAGCUCGACGUUAUGUUACCCUAGACUUUGGUGCUCCUAUAUUAUUAACAGAUUUACUUAUACCAGCUUGUAGUGAUUUAGUUUCGUUGUGUAUCGAUGUCUGGUUACAUAGCGAAGAUAUCGAUAGUGUACGUUUAGUUGUUAGUUCGGAUAUCGGUAGCAAGAAUCUCGUUUUAAGCGAUUUACAACCGUCUCCGCUGUGUCGAUACAUGAAAAUCACGAUAAUUGGACGUUAUGGCAUGUCUACAACUCGUUGUAAAAUUCCAAUUGGGAAUUUUUAUGGACAUAUGAUUGUACUUCCAGAAGAUGUUGUCGAAGAAUGUAAUUCCAUCAUCCCCGAUCAAUAUGAAAUCAAUAUUCAAAAUAAUUAUCUUCUACAAUUAUUAGAAGAUAUCAACUGUCGUUAUACAUUAUCCUGUUCGAAACUUCGAGAUUUAUUAGAUCCAUAUUUAUUAAUCGAUGAUGAUAACAAUAUGUAUAAUUAUCUUAAAAUUAAAUCAGAUAAAUUUAAAAUGGUAUCAUCUGGUGGUGGUGCAGGAGUUACAAAUAACAAUAAUUUCCAGGAAACAAAUAAAAUUUUAAAUAUUUAUAAUGAAUGCGUUAAUUAUCAACAACAGUUGAAUAUUGUACGAAAUAUUAUUAAACGUUUAAAUAAUACAACCUGGACAUCAUCGUCAGAGGACGAUAGUUUAUCGAUUGCAAGUACAGAUAAAUUAAUUAAAAUUAGUGAGAAUUUAUUAGAAAUUAUUUUAACAAUUGUUUACGAAAUGAACGAUAAUUUACCACAAGUUCCAACACAAUUAUUUCAAUAUUUUAAUUAUGAAAUGAGUCAAGAGCUAUUUUAUUAUCUUUGUGUUCCCGCUCACAACGUAAAAAUCCAGUUAAGUGUUGUUACCCUAUUGAUACGAAUGUGUGGAUCUCAACCAUGGUGGGGGAAGUUUUUAAAUGAUACAUUUUAUACUUUAUAUUCACAACAAAAUCGUGAUAUAUUCCCACAAGAUCGUAUUUUUAUUCUAUUUGUUUAUCUAUGUCGAAAAACAUUGCUAUCAUCGACGACGAAUAUUAAUCGUUCAAUAAUUCUCGAUCCAAUUCUAUUUAGUUUAUGUUAUUUAUUACAAUCAUUUAAUAAGAAUUCACCAGGUCAUCAUGAUGGUGGCGGUGGUUUAUUGUUAGCAUCGAAAACUGAUUUAACAUUAAUCGGUUGGUUUUUAUUAUAUUUAACACUUAGUUUGGAUUCGAUUAAAUUCGAUGGUUCUACGGGAUUGAUUAUUAGUUCACGUUGGGAUUGGUUAACAGUGGAAUCAACACAAAAAUAUUCACAACAAAAUUCACAACGAAUGAAUUCAACAAAUAUGGUUGCUGAUGGUUAUCGUAAAAAAUUACAUAAUCGAUUCUUACAUUACAAACAGCAAUUAGAUAAUCUUGAUUAUACACAAAAAGCGGUUAAUGCAUCCACACAUGCGUUAUCAGCGAUGUCAACGCAUGCGGUACAUUUAACAAUGAAGCUAGAGCAAGCGUUAAAACAACAUGAGCAUUUUUUUAAGAAAAUUAAACAAUAUUCGACGAGUUCGACGACGAAUUGUGAUAGUAAACGUUUUAAACAGUACUUGGAUAGUAAGAAAACACCGCGAGAGGAAAAAUUUUCGACUCCGAAUACAAGUAAUUUAAAUAAUAAUUUAAAUAAAGAUCAUUGUUUGAAUUUAUGUCGAGGAUUGGUGAAUUUAAUUUUAAAUUUAGAUUGUUCGUGUAAUUUCGAUAUCUUUCUACUUUCAUGUAAGACAAUCGCACGAUUAAUUAUCACAACAAAACCGUUUAUAACAUUAUCCGAUAUUUUAACCGCUGAUCAACUAAUAAAAUUACUUCGAAUAUCGAUCCAUUAUUCGGGAACAAAUCAAUGGAUUACCCAUGCGAUUAUCUGUUUGCUACAAGAUAUCUUGGAAUGUGAUAAAUAUAAAGCACAAAAAAGUUCAACGAUUAAAAAUAAAGUAUCCGCUACGUCGUCGUCAAUUGUUAUUGAUGAUUUAGCAACGGAUAAUUGGUCGAAUACAACCGAUGAUAAUGCUGGAGGAGGUAGUGUUGUGGGGGGAGGUACUUCGACAACGAAUCAAGAUAUUAUCGAUUUGGAUGAUUUUAUGCAAAUGUCAUUGGAACAAGAUAUUAUGGAUUCACAACAAACGGUUCAACAACAAUCGAAUACAACAAUUAAUAAUACAAAUACGAUUACAGUACCGUUACCAUCGUUGCCCGAAUCCGAUGAUUCUGAUUUGGAUGAUGCGUUAGAUGAUAUUUUAGAGAAGAAAGUAUGUAAGAAAUCAUCGAUUGAACAUGGAAAUAAGUUUGGCUUGUCACCAAUGUCCAGUAUAUCAACAGCAACGGAUGCACGUUUAGAAAUUGGUUUAGAUUGUAAACCAGAAAUCACGUUACGUCGUCUAACAAUGUACUCCUCAUAUUAUUUACCUGCAGCGGUUUGUGGUCCAUUAGCUGCACCCCCAUCUCAAUCAAGUAGUCCAUCAUCCGAUCCUAAAGAUAAUCUAGGUAGUAGCAGCACUACUAGUUCUAGUUCUAGUACUUCUUCAACAUCGUCAUCGUCAGCAUCAUCUUCUUCAUCUGUACCAGUGUAUACAGAAGUAUGGCCUGAAGAAUUAAUGAUACCAUGGGAGUUUGAAUCAGAUGGCGAACGUAAUACCAGUGUUGAUAUCUUGACCAAAUGUUUUAAUACACUUAUUUCAGAUUUUGAAUAUAAUAUGUCCGUAUCAUCUUUAGAACAAGUGCUUCAAUUAUGGAUCACAAUGAGUGUAUUCUUAUCUGAACAAAAUGGAAGUAAUCAACAGUCUUCGUCAUUAAAUUGUAACAACAAUAAUAUCUCAUCGAUGAACUCAUCAGUGAUACCUGGUUUAACAAUAUCACCACAAUCAAUCAGUCAAGUGAUUAAAUCGAUAAGUAUAUUACCAUCGGUAUCGUUACGUGCAUGGACAUUUACAUUCCAAUUUUUAACGUUAUCAUCAAAUUUACCAUAUGUGCCAUUAUCAACGACCACCAGUGCAUCAUCUACAGAGAGUCACAGUCAUACAACAACAAAUGAUUUAGAACAAUCGUUAAAUGGUUUUGCUACACAUAUUAUUCAGGAUCAAAGAUUUUAUCAUAUGUUGUUAAGAUUCUUCUCUGGCCAUGGAAUUGUUUUAUCUGAUAAACGAUUGUGUGGACCAACAAUAUGUCAAACAUUACAUGAAUUAUUGUUACGUUUACAAAUUCGUUCCGAUGUGGUGACACCGUCCAGUCGUUUAGGAAAUGAAUUAAAGAAUAUUUUAUUAAAAUUAUUAAAUGAAAUGAUUGAACCAAAUAUUGGUUCAAUAGCAAUACAACAUGGACCAUUAGAUGCACAAUUGGAAUUUAUACAAACAUUAUUACAUUUAGAUUUUAAAUUCAGUCAUUUACAUCUUAUUGAGAAUAUUAUUCAAAAUUUAGGUAUAUUAGUACAUAAUUACAUGUCUAAGAAUGAUACAGUGAGAGUAGUAAGUUUAGCUGAAUUAGGUAAUAACUCACAAACACAUAAUUUUGGUAAUCUAUUUUCAUCUGUGUUGGGAACAAGUUCUAAUAAACAUGGUAAACCUGCUACCUAUGAUCAGUUAAUUGUAUCAUUGUUAAAAUUAGCUACAAAACUAAUUCAAAUACCUCUACCAUCGUCUUCAACGGAAAAUGAAGAAAUCAAAGAAACUAAUAUACCUGAAGAAAUUUAUACGAACAGUAGUGAAACACAAAAUACAUCGACAAGUCGUAAUUCAUCACAAACAGAUGAAUCUAAAGUACAAGAACAACAACAGCAUGGAGGAACAUCAUCGUCUAGCACAUCAUCCUCUAGUUCAUACAAAACACCAUGCGUUGCAGAUACAAUACUAUCGUUACAAAAUAUACCAACAAUGUUACGAUACUAUUACACGUUAAAUUUGUGUACGGAUUCAACUUUAGCUAUGUUGUUUCUUGGUGCUACAUCAUCUUCAACAACGGCUUCAUCGUCUGGAGGAGCUGGUGUUGGUGCGAAUAAUGCAACUAGUAGUAGUGGUAUUGCUGAUAUUAGUGAACCAACAACAAUUGGUGAUGCGUUAUUUCAAUUUAUGUCAACCAUCUCGAAAAAGUGUACAAAUUCGGAGUUGUUAUUGAAGUCAUUAUUGGAGUUUUUAACGAUAAGUGAUCGAAAUGCAACGAUACAAAAUAGCUGUGGACAUAUAAGUGAUCCGUUAGUAUUAUGGCUACAACAAAUAUUAACGAGUGAAUUAAUUUUAUAUGAAUUUAUAAAAUACAAUGGAGUACAAUUAAUCGCUAAUCAUUUAGUACAAUGCUAUAAGACAACAAUCAGUAAUCUACAACCAGCAACAAUAUCACAAAUUAUGCAAUAUCUAUCGAUAUCACAUCAACAAUUACAAUCAUCAACGUUAGCAUAUCAUCAAGGUGCUUCUGUUCAUAGUAAGAAAAUGCAACAAGCUAAUUAUGAGCAGAGCGAAGGAUGGAUUAAUUUUGCACCAUUAGGUACAAUCACUUCAACAAGUCCCACAGCACAAACUGCAGAUAUUUUAAUACAAUCAGCAGUUGCUCCACAUCGUAGAGCCCGUACACCACAAUGGUCCUAUCAUUUUUAUCCAGACGAGAAUCAUGUGGAAUUAUACAUAACAUUACCAUCAGCCAUUUUAUUGCAUGAAGUUCAACUACAACCGCAUUUAAAUAAUCUUGCAACAUGCCCGUCGGCGAUCGCCCUCGAAGUUUCCCACAACGGGACUAAUGGCCUUGUACCAAUAUGCCAACCAUUACCAACAAGUGGUCUCUCAUUUAUUUGUAUGCAUUUAACGCAUCCAGAAAUAGUGACAAGCGUUUUAAUACGUCUCUACAAACCAAAAGAUUCGACUAAUGUUAGUCUAUUACAAAUUCGUUUACUUGGAACCACAGCAUUUACACAAUCUUCAUCGGGAAGUGGUGGUGGAAUGGCAUCAAAUACGGGUACAUCGAAUAAAAUAACAUCACCACAAGUGAUAGAAAACACUACGAAUAAUAUAUUAAUAUAUGAUGAAAAUUCAUCAACAUACGCUUCGAAUCCACAGACAUGGAAUAUUCCAACACCAACUGAAAUUAAAUCUAGUUUAGGUUGGUUACGUUUACUCCAUCAAUGUUUUAACAACUUCGAAAAUAAAAGCUUAUCAAGCUUAAUUGUAGCACAAGCGGCACAAGUUGAUCAACUUUUAGAAACAUGUUGUGGACUUUUAUUGGUCUCAUCAUCAAUGCUUGGUGGAAAUUUAGAUAAUGUACUUCUAAAGCUAUGCUUACACGAUCAACAAUUAUGUUUAAAUACUAUCGAAAUUUUAUUAAACAACAAUAAUAGUUUACCACCACAAACAGUUACGUCAUCGUUAUCGGAGGCAAGCAACUCUCAUAUUGAAAUCGUGUGCGAAUUGUUAUAUAAAUUGUGUACAAUUCACGAUCAAUAUACGGCGUUACGUGUUGAAGCGAUUUUAAAAUGGUUAGAAAAUACAGCCCAACGAAUUAUUACCACAUCAAAAGUGACUUGUAAUCAAUCGAUUGUGGCUUAUUAUAUUCAUUGUAUCGCUUCAAUACUUUGGAAAUUAAAUUCGGAACUCGAUUUAAAACAAAUGAUCACAAAUCACUUAUUUAAUUUGAUCUACGAGUGGACUUUAUUGAGUAGUAUUAUUAGUAUUCAGCUCAAAAAAUCACUCGAUACGCUGAUAUGCUCAUUUUGUAUGAUUAACGAAAACUUCUUUCAUAUUUUAUUAAAUAAAAUGUUAAUUUAUAUACCAACAACUGAAACAUACUGUAGUAAUGUACCGGAUGAUCAAAAAAUCAGUGUACAACAGAAUGAUAUAAAACAAUUAAAUUUAACCGAACAACAAUUAAAUACAAUUGCGAUAGCAUCACAAUCGACGAAUGUUAUUCAACAACUUCUUGAUUCUGGUUUACCAAAAUUAUUUACCGAAAUUAUUUAUCAAUUUUGUACGAUUAGUUCGAAAAUAUUACGUACAACACAAUUUAUUGAACAACGAAAAUUCGAUGAGAUUAUAAAUGAUACGUUUUCACAAUAUCCGAUGAUUCGAUUACAACAUGUUGUAAAUAUUUUAAAUUUCUUCGCUGAUAUGUGUUCGAUUGAAACGUAUAUUCGAGAUUGGUUGUUAUAUAAUGGAACAAAUUUUCUAAUACCUUUGUUACGAUUGUUAUGUUUCGAUCGGACAAUUCAUGUGAAUUCGUCAACGGAUCGUGAUAAUUUUUAUAAGCUUGAAGAUGCUACAAUACGAUUUUUAAUUAAAUCGUGCUCGAUUUGUUCGAAAAAUCAACAAUUAUUAGCGAUGUGUUUAUGUGAUGUUAUCGAAUAUCAAAAACAACAGAUGACUGCAAUGGGUUUCGGAUCAAAUCAAGCUUCAGGAGGUGGUGGAGGAAUUUCGGGUUUUACACGUCGAUUAAUUUUACAAUUAUUGUUGGAGAAUGAAAAAGUUUGGGUGUCAAUUAAAGCGGAUGAAAUUAUUUAUAAGAAUUUAACAACACUUCCGAUGGAUUUUGGACCACAUCCUGCGUUUCGUGUUACAAAUAAUCAUAUUUUAUUGUAUUUGGAUACCAAUACGACAUUGGAUGAAAUUUUCGAUCGUUAUAUAACGUUUACGAAUAAUUAUUUUACGACAACUACAGCUUCAAAUGAAAAAUCCACUUCGAAGGAACAGAAAAAGGAUAUUUGGGAUGUAGCUUUAGAUAUGUCAGAUCAAAUGAGUGUCGCAGCGGGCGUUACAGCAAAAGAUAAACGUAUUAAAGAUGCGAAGAACUUAUUAUGGCAAACUAAAGAACUAGAACGUGAAUCUUCGGUGCCAUGGAUGGAUAAUUUAUGGAGUAUAAAUGGUGGUGGUGGUGGUACAUCUAGUUUUAACAGUAAACCAAUGAUUGUGAAACAAAGUCUAUUUAAGUGUGAACAAUUACCGUCACCAUACGGUACAGCACCCUUGUCCAAUAGUACGAAAUUAUCACAAUUAUUGUAUCAUUUGAAAACGCAAGUGAUUCAGUUGGCGGUUGUUACACCCAAUAAUAAAGAUAAUGGAGGCAUCAACGAGAUCCAAUUAGAUAACAAUUUAAAAGUUGAAUCCACCUUACAUGUAUUCAGUCGUCUAGGUGGUUUAGCAAUUCUAGCUCAACAAUUACCUCUGGUCUACUCCGAAAAUAUUAUCGUACGUCCUUUAAAUAAUCCACAAACAACAACAUCUUCGUCAACGGCAAAUAACAAUAAUCAUACUAUGAUUAUGAUGGAUAUCGGGGGACCUGGAGGUAGUGCGUCAUCAUCAAUUAUUACUGGCGGUGCUAUUCCAGCAGCUACAGCUAUUGACACUGAUUGGGUGAAAAUUGAUGGCAAUACUGAGGAUAUAAUACACGAUGAUUUAGAAGAAACAACCACAACUGGAUACCACCAUCAUGGACAUCAUGUAUCUUCACGUGGACAAACCACACCAACACGUCAAACUAAUAUUAUACCAAAUGUUCCGCCACAUUCUUUGGCUGCGUUUGCCUUGUUUUUACGUUUACCUGGCUACGCUGACAUGUUGUUACGUGAUUAUAAGAAAGCGCAGUGUUUGUUGCGGUUAGUGCUAGGUGUUACUGAUGAUGGCGAAGGAGGGGAUAUAUUUCAAUUACCAAUUGCAUAUACAUUACCAACAUUACCGUUUCAAGUAUUAUGUCAAUUAUAUAAUUCAACACCAAUUAUUAAUAAUAAUAUCAAUAAUAUUAAAGAUCAAGAUCAAGAUCCAGAUCAAGAUAAACAAAUAAAGAAUGAUAAUGAUGAAUUACGUAUAAUAUCAAUACAAUAUGGUGUUAUACAUUUGUUAUUAAGUUGUUUAUCAGUGUUUACACAUCAAACAAAUGAUUAUCGUUUACCAUCAGCAAAUCAACAACAACAUACUAAUGGUGGAAGUGGUGGUGGUGGAACUAGUACUAGUAAAACAAGCAGCAUAGAAUCACCAACUAAAACAUCAACACCAAAUACUAAUACAAGUGAUGAUAAAACACAUUUAUAUUGGGCCAAAGGUACUGGUUUUGGUACUGGUUCUACACAACAAUCAUGGAAUGUAGAGCAGGCUUUAUUACGGCAACGGAGUGAAGAGGAACAUGUUACUGUUUUAUUACAAGUUUUGUCAAGUUAUAUAAAUCCAACCGGUUUUAAUAAUAAUAAUUCAUCAAAUAAAGUUGCAAUCUCUGGAACGGCUGCUAAUGGUACAACUUCUAGUAAUAGUAAUAGUACUGAUUCAGAACAACAAAAUAAAAAAGAAGAUACAACAACAAAUAAUGAAGAAGUAUCAUCAAAAGAUCAAGAUAAUAAUAGUGAUGAUGAAGUAACACAAUCAGAAUCAGAAUCAUUACUUCCACCAAUAUUUUAUGAUUUAUUACAACAGUCAUGUUUAUUACCAGUUAUUUGUUCAUAUUUACGUAACGAUUCAGUUUUAGAUAUGGCUCGUCACAUACCAUUAUAUAGAGCAUUAUUACAAUUGUUACGUUCAAUAGCAAUACGUAGACAAUUAGUUACAUUAUUAUUACCAAAUAAUAAUAAUGGAAGUCAAUCUAAAUUAUGUGUAUUAUCAUUGCUUACCAACAUGAAGACAUGUGUGGAUACAUAUGCGUCCCGUUUAAAGAUUAAUAUAAAAUCAACAACACAUAAUGGACAUCAACAAAGCAUCAAAAAUAGUAACAAAUCAUCAAAAUAUAAAGAUUAUAAUACUUUAUCAACAGCUGACAUGAUUAUGAUGAGUAAUGAUAUACAUUAUAAUUUAUCAAACGAUAAUAAUACAUCAAAUGAUAAUAAUGAACAUCAAACAUUAUCAAAUAAAUCAACAACAAAUCAUUUAUUUGAUGAAUCUGAUGAAGGUCUUGCAUUAUUAAUACCAGAUAUACAAAUUACAGCGGAAUUAGUUAAACAAGCUGCUAUACAACAUGGAUGUUUAACAACAGGAGGAGGAAGUAGUGGAACUAGUAGUAAUGUAACAGGUGGUGGAGGUGGAUUAGGAGGUACCACAACAAAUACUAUAAAUGAUGGUGGUGAUAUAAAUGUAAAUAAUGUAAAUAAUAUGAAUUUAGAACAAUUAAAUAAUGAAAAUGAUGGUAAAACAUUAUUAAAUAAUACAAGAAUUGAAAGGAAUCGUUCAUUUAUGGUACAAACAUUGGAACAACGAUAUUUGGAUGUUAUGAAACGAUUACAGUUUGAUACAUUUGAAAUGAUACGUGAAUGUCCAGAAUCAGAUGGAGGUGGUUAUCAAUUUGUUGUAUCAUAUCAUUUUGAGAGUAAUGUUAAAGCAGCUGGUGAUCGAUCACAUCCAACACGUGUUAAACGUUUAGCACAAGAAGCUGUCACAUUAUCAACAAGUUUACCAUUAAGUUUUAGUAGUUCAGUGUUUGUACGUUGUGAUACAGACCGCUUGGAUGUCAUGAAAGUGUUAAUAACGGGACCAGCUGAUACACCAUAUGCGAAUGGUUGUUUUGAGUUGGAUGUUUAUUUUCCACCAGAUUAUCCACAAGCGCCAAUGAUGAUAAAUUUAGAAACGACAGGUCGUCAUACAGUCCGUUUUAAUCCGAAUUUAUAUAAUGAUGGUAAAGUAUGUUUAUCAGUGUUAAAUACAUGGCAUGGCCGUCCAGAAGAGAAAUGGAAUGCACAAACUUCAUCCUUUCUACAAGUAUUAGUAUCCAUACAAAGUUUAAUUUUAGUACCAGAACCAUACUUUAAUGAACCUGGUUAUGAGCGUAGUCGUGGUACUCCCACAGGCACACAAAGUUCAUUAGAGUAUAAUGCUAAUAUAUAUCAAGCUACCGUUCGAUGGGCAAUGUUGGAACAAAUACGUAAUCCAUCGCCAUGUUUUAAACAGGUAAUUCAUACACAUUUUUGGUUAAAACGACAUGAAAUUUCAACUCAAAUUGAACGAUGGAUUACGGAAUUGGAAACAAUCGCACCAGAGAAACGUACUUCUAGUGGUGGUACUCGAUCAUCAUCCUCAAGACGUGUACCAGCUGUCAGUGCAUUAGCACUUAAGCAUCAUUAUAUACAAUUAUAUGAAGAGUUGUCACGAUUAAAAACACCAGAAGGUCUUGAAGACCUUGAAGAUCAUAUCAAAUCGAUACCAACAACAGCCUCGUCAGCAACCACAACACCCACAUCAACAACACCAUCGACCACCACCACAACUCGACAAGAUACAACAUCAUCUUCGACAAAAGUUGUUAAAUCAACGAAUGUUGUCGAAACAGAAUCAACAUUUCCAUCAUUCCCGUUUGUAUAUCCAAUUGUUAGCACAACCACAGAGACUCCAACGACAGAGGGUGGUAGUAACAACACUACAACAACAAUACCAUCAACACAGAUAACAAGUACCUCAUCAUCAUCAGCUCCACCUAGUGCUGUCGAUACCUAUUCCGAAGGAUUCGAUGCUACCGACUUAGAAAUGGAGGAUAUGGUAUCAAAAUUAAUGUCGGAAAAGUUUGUGAAUGAUUAGAUUUUUUUGUGAUUUUAUGUUUCCGUGUGUAUUAAAAAAUUAAUUUUUGGGGCUGAAUUGAGAGCUUAGCCCCGCCGCGGUAUUGUUCAAUUCCCACACAUCAUUAUUUUUAAUGUGUUUUAUGUUGUGUGCGUGUACGCAUGUAUACACAUGCGUGGCGUGUACGCGUCUUGUGUGAUUUUAAAAUAAAUAAAAAAAAAACGAUGAUAGUCAAGAUUUUCUUAUGCACAGAGUAAAAAAAAAUUAUAUUUAGCGAAAAAAAUUUAAUUAAAAAACCAAAACUGUAACUUUGUAACUAUAAUAACUACUGUGUGUUCCAGUUAAAACAUUAUUUAAUAUAUUUAAAAAUAAACUUUAAAUAAGCAUUCUUAUUUCUUUUGUUUUUGUUUUUGAGAAUGACUGACUUUAUAAAUAAUUAAGUAUUAUAUCUGGUUGAGAAGUUUGAGCCAAAAGGUUAGGUUAGAGUGGCUUUCCAGACCAUGGGGUCCGUUGUGAUACCGUAAAUGGGUUGGCCCAUCCCCGGCCACUACUCCAUGAACCAUUUGCAGCUGUUUAAGAACAGCAGGAGGGCUUUGACGUCGACUGACCUGCAGCAUUGAUGCUCAGUAGAGUUUAGACUUUUUUUUUGAACUGAAGCACCAGAUGAGCCAGAUAUAAUCCUCUGAGAAAUGUUUUAAUCGCUAAAAUAAACUCUUUUGAAGAACCAGAGAAAUUUUGUUUGCUUUUAAUUGUGAUUUAUAAUUAUUUUCCCUCAAAAUGGAGGAAAAUUAAUAAUUAUA